AUGGAUGUUUACAGACUAGAAGUAAGUCCUGACUUAAGUGAAGAUAAAUUCUCCAGUGUAUACCAAGGGCCUCAAUUGAACUAUGACGUAAAGGGUCUGACCCCUUUCCAUUCCUACUGCUUUAGAGUUCAGGCCGGUAAUAGUGCCGGUUUCAGCGGAUUUUCUCCAGUUGCUACUACAUUAACACCUGCAGCACCUCCUUCUGCUGUUACUUCGUUGAAAUCUGAAUCAACUCCUACCUCCAUGACCUUAUAUUGGAACACGCCUAAUGAGAAUGGUAGCCCUAUUACGAAUUACAACAUUGAAAUCGGUGAUAGGACAAUAUCAACAGAUGGCGCUGUAAAUGAAUAUACUGUGGAGGGUUUACUUCCGGAAACAAAUUAUAAAAUCAAGAUCCAAGCUAUCAAUGAUGUUGCACAUGGUCCAUUUUCGUCUUCAUUGAGAACUGCUACGUUGAGGCUGCCUCCGACUGCACCCAGGUUAGAAUGUAUUGCCACUGCUCAUAACUAUAUUAAAUUAAAAUGGGGCGAAGGCAAAAACACUGAAUAUACCCAAUACUGUGUGGAAAUGGACAAUCCGCGCGCCGGAGAUUAUCAGUGUGUGUACAAAGGAACAGCUCUCACUUGCAAAGUCAACAAGUUACAUGAAUCUACAACAUACAGAUUUAGGGUGAACGCUGCUAACGAUGCAGGUGUUGGAGAUUUUUCUGAAGACUAUGAGUUUACUACCACAGUUGCUCCUCCAACGACGCUGAAAGCUCCUAAAGUUAUAGAAGUGGAACAAAGGAGUUGUUCUCUUGAGUGGUUGCCAGCUAAAAAUGCAUUUUCGGAUUCCGUUGUCUACAGAGUAUCUAAGACUUCUGAGGGUAAAUGCACCAUCGAAGACCUGGAACCAGGAACCGACUACAUGGCUCGUAUUUGUCCUGUCCGUUUGACAUCGGUCGGGGAACUUCCCGGUCCAGCGUCACCUUCAACAUCAUUCACGACAACCGCUUUGGAACCAGCAGCAGGCUCAUCUACAAAGUCCACCUCCACAGGAAGUAUCGCUCCACAUGGGCCGUCUCACAAACAUCGUUCUCUCUAUCAUUCCAUUUGGCAAGCGCUCACCUUUUCCGAGGAGUACUGCACUUACAUGUACGUGAUGUUGUGUGAAAUUAAGCAAGCCUUAGACGAGUACCAGACUCAGACCGAAGUAUUCCAAAUAUAG